AUGCUUCCAUCAAACUAUUUGCUCAUUGAAAGCUGUUAUCUGAUAUUCCAAAAAACUUUGACACUACAUUCUGUCGUCUUAAUAUUUGAAUUUCAGACUGUUCUAUGCUCCUGGAAGAAAAAUAAGGAAGUAUUUGCUACAUUGUUAAAGCAGGUAGAAGAACAAAAUUGUAAUGAUCUUGGCCAUUGCAUAAAAGGUGGUCAUAUAUGUAAGAAGUAUCAAGAUAAUACACCACAAGUUGGAACUAGUAAUAAACGAAAGUGUCGGCAAGAUGAUAACUUGAAACGUGUCAAGAAAAUGGCAAAAUACAGUCGGAAAGAUGUUGGAGAAGGUUCAAGUCAGGUUGUUUGUUCCAGUAGCCAUCAGUAUGGCCAUAGUGCUUCUAGGUCAAAGGAUUGCCCAAGCCAUAAACCAACAAAGGCUGAAGAAUUGAAAAACAUUCUGGGAAAUAAGCCUAAAACUGUUACUAAAAAAAAUUAAAUUAGACACAAUCCUCAGAGCAGAAUACAAGCAAGCCAUUUUGAGAAAAAUACAAAUAGUAUCAGAACAAGUCCGUGAUAUUAUGAUACGUGCACAAUUGUUUGUAAACUAUUAUAUCAUCAGCCAUUCCAAUGGCAUUAUCGAUAAAAAGCUUUUCUCUCAUAACUUCUGGUAUAGCAAAGCAAGAUUAGUUUUAAAAGAUAAAUCAAACGCAAAACAUCUUCCAAGCGAUUGCUUGGAAAGCUGAAACAGCU